CUGUUCUCCGUGCUUGAGGGUGAGGGGAUGGGGAGGGGAAUCGCCCUUGCUUUCCUGUACCGCUUGCUCUCCCUUCUUCGUGUCCAGGACGCUCUGUCUGAGCUGUUCUCCCGCUGCGGGCGUGUCCAGUCUGUGGACAUCUGUGACAAGCCAGGGACGGGAGAGAAAAAAGAAAAACUGACGUCCAAAUUCUUCAACCGCAAAACUGUAACGGGAUUUCAAGUAGCGUAUGUGGUAUUCAGGAAACCAGCUGCUGUCCAGGCAGCCAAGGCUCUGUCACGGGAAGGUCCCUUGCUGAUAUCAACAGAGAGUCAUCCUGUGAAAACUGGCAUUAGCAAGUGGAUCGCCAGCUAUGCUGCCUCAGUUGUGGAUCAGGAGGAGCUGAAGGCUGAGGUGGAUGCCUACAUGCAAGACUAUGACAAAAAGAUAGCAGAGGAAGAAGCCAAGGCAGCCAAGGAGGAGGGUGUUCCAGAUGAGGAGGGCUGGGUGAAGGUGACGCGAAAGGGCCGGAAGCCUGGCCUGCCCCGGACAGAGGCUGCCAACCUGCGGGUGCUGGAGAGGGAGAAACAGAAAAAGGCCCGCAAAGAGCUGCUGAACUUCUAUGCCUGGCAGCAUCGUGAGACCAAGAGAGAGCACAUUGCCCAGUUGAGGAAGAAAUUUGAAGAGGACAAGCAGAGAAUUGCACUGAUGCGAGCCCAGCGCAAGUUUCGGCCGUACUAAGCCGUACUGAGCUGUUCCUCAGGUGCCUGUGCUGGAGAGGGCAGGAGAGAUGUCCAUGGACUCCACAUGCCAAAGCAUUUCAAGGAAUUGAGGCAGCUUCAGGUUGUGCCUGCCCUUGGAUCUGAAAUGGGAGAUCCCAACAGCUGCUGCUGGAGUGGGAGUUUCCUUCACUCACACUAGUAUCCUGCUCUCCUGGCCAUCGGCUGGCCCCGUGGCACCGCUUCCCAGGCUGCUCAGGUCAAGGGGCUGAGGCAUUUCCUGUGACAACCUCUAUUGCUCUGCCAACCAAGGCGCUCCUAAAGCUUGGUGAGAACUGGGAUUGACCUAGCACAGCCUCUGCAGGGGCAGAGAAUGGCUGAAGAACUGUAAAUAAACUGCUGCUAUGUUCUCAAAACAUGGGAAUGCCUCCCUCUCUCUUCCCCUUUGGUCUGCUGUGGAGGACAGCUUGUGUGCUGGGGUGGCAAUAAAAGUCACAGUUUGUAUGCUGGUGCUCCUUCCCACAUUUUAUCUGGGGCUGAGUAAGAAGAGGAGGGAAGUGACCUUGAGAAAAGCCCAACUGGGAAGUUUCCAGACCUGUUGUCACAAGGAAAGAUCAGUGGUUUUGAACAGAGCCCUAUCCCUUCCCUUGGUGUUUUCCUCCCAGGUGGCUCCCCCUCCGGCAGGUGUUGAGAUGCCCAGUCUUCCUGCUACGCAUGGAGCUCUGCAGCUGUGUCUAGCCUGGGCUAUGGGAGCUUCUGAUGGUCUGCACCAUCAUUAGAACAAGGCGAGAUGGCAGCCUAGCUUUGGAGGGAGAAACCUGACUCUCCAAGGCCUGUUCCCACUUGACUUGUCCUGCAGGAGGCAAGUAAGGAAGGCAGUGGACAUUUCCAGCUGCCGGGCAAUGCUUUUGUACUGCCCAUAUAGCAUUUGUGCAGCUUUGGACCUCACGAUGUUCACCCCAGCACACACUCAGAUCAGAAAGGGGCUGUAACCCACCCACCCCCUGACUUUCACACAUCUAUUUUAUUGCCUGAAACCUUGAUAUAGGUGUGACCAUGAAAGUAAGGUGGAAAUGCUGAUAAAUUCCACAAAGCUGGGUUAAAAUGGAUUUAUCCUCCCCUAGAUCACCCACUGCAAAUGCAGUUUCCAUUGCACUGAGGAGUCUGCCAGGCCUGCUUGUUUCAGGGGGCUUUUUGCAUCGAUUUAACUAGGAGGCAGAUGGAUCCUUAAUAUGCCCUAUCUAAAGCAGACUGCAUGUAAAAAUCUCUGCCUCCUGAGAUCGGUGUUUUAGCUGCUUGGGUGAGCAUCCCAAAAGAAAGGAGGUUCACUCUCCUAUAGAGUCAAGAUGACAGUUAAUCUUUAUUUAGAAGGACAGAAAUAAUCUCUGAAAACUUUUCUGUUAUUAGUAGUUCUAGCUGCUUCAGCUAGAGGAUUAGUGACUUAUUCCCUAGGAGUUCAUUAAAAUGGCCUUCUGUGCCCAGGUGAGUUUCCACUUAAGCUGAUUUUUUUU